AUGGCUUCCCCAAGUACGCCCGCGCAGGCCGCGAAGAAGGCCCUCUCCAGAGUCGAUCUCGAUGGCCAUGCUCUUCCCCCAUCACCUGCCCCAUCGAGUCCGCACCCUGGGUCACGCCGGUAUGCUCUCGCAACCGAGCUCGUCUAUACUGACUCCAAGGACCAGUAUGGUGCCUCGAGCAUCCCGAUCUACCAGUCGGCCACCUUCAAGCAAACGUCUUCCAACGGCGGCAACGAGUAUGACUACACUCGAUCGGGAAACCCUACCCGGACCCAUCUUGAACGCCACCUGGCCAAGAUCAUGAAUGCGACCCGCUGCCUGGCUGUCGGCUCGGGAAUGGGUGCAUUGGAUGUCAUUACACGCCUUCUGAAACCGGGUGACGAGGUUAUCACGGGCGAUGAUUUGUAUGGUGGCACGAACCGGCUUCUGACAUAUCUGAAGAACAACCAGGGGGUUGUUGUGCAUCACGUCGACACCACCAACGUCGACGCCGUGAAGGAGGUGAUUACGGAGAAGACGGCCAUGGUUCUGCUGGAGACGCCGACGAACCCGCUGAUCAAGAUCGUCGAUGUCGCGUCGAUCGCUAGAGCAUCGCACGAGGCCAACAGCAAGGCAUUGGUUGUCGUCGACAACACCAUGCUGUCGCCCAUGCUCUGCAACCCUCUGGAUCUCGGCGCCGACAUUUCCUACGAGUCCGGCACCAAGUACCUCUCCGGUCACCACGAUAUCAUGGCCGGUGUCAUUGCCGUCAAUGACGCAGAGAUCGGAGACAAGAUGUACUUUACUAUCAAUGCUACCGGCUGUGGACUUUCCCCCAACGACUCCUUUUUGCUCAUGAGGGGUGUCAAGACACUGGCCAUCCGCAUGGAGAAGCAGCAGACCAGCGCUCAACGAAUUGCCGAGUUUCUCGAGUCACACGGCUUCAAAGUUCGCUAUCCAGGUCUCAGGUCUCAUCCCCAGUACGAUCUGCACUGGUCCAUGGCUCGUGGUGCCGGUGCCGUGCUUUCCUUUGAGACUGGCGAUGUCGCCCUUUCCGAAAGGAUAGUGGAAGCUGCCAGGCUCUGGGGUAUCAGUGUCAGUUUCGGCUGUGUCAAUAGCUUGAUCAGCAUGCCAUGCCGUAUGAGCCAUGCUAGCAUCGACGCAAAGACAAGGGCAGAGAGGCAGAUGCCUGAGGACAUCAUUCGCUUGUGUGUGGGUAUCGAGGACGUGGACGAUCUCAUCGACGAUCUUACUCGUGCUCUUGUGCAAGCCGGCGCUGUGACGCUGACGAUCGAUGGCUUUCACGCAAAUGAGGCCAACGGCGGAAGCUCGACACCAUCAGCUUAGGCUCGCACCUAGCCAUUACGACUGACGAUUUUCGGACUGCACGGGAAACGGUGGGCGUCUGGGAUGUUCAUCUGGUUUCAUUCCCCUUACAAGCAUGCUGGGCGGAUAUCUGGGAUACACCAAAAGUAAUGAAAUAUACAACGGCAACGGAUAUCGUUGUCAAGACGUUGAACGCCAAAAAUCUUGUCCUCAUCACAACACGCUCUCGGCCUCGAAAGCAACCCCAAACGGAUGCUGCGGGCGGUGCUUCAAGUCCCAGUGCGGGCACUACAAUCGCUUAGUACUACUAAAACAACUGCCUAGGAGACACAGGAUCAAUCACGACUCACCUUGUCAACCCGCUCUGGAAAAGCGUUUCGGUGAUGGUGAGGUUGCUGGGGUUAUGCUCGGCUUCCCAAGCCUUCAGCAUGGGCGAUUCCUCCUGUGAGGAGGACCCAGAUUGACUGGACGGAGGGGGAGUGACCUGGUGUCGGCUGGAACUAUGGAACUUGUGAGAGGGAGUCCCCUCGGAAAAUAUGCGGCAGAACGGCUGGGUAUCACGAACCUUUGACUGUAGUCCCCAGAAGCUUUGUCAUCUCUCACGCUGUGAGGCAUGGUCGCCUGGGGCAAAGGGGGUUUGGGUGGGGGCAGAUGGGGUCUUCUCGAGUGGUGAUGUUGCGGGUGCACAGGAAGCCUUCUUGCUCCAUGGCACAACCGGGGGAGGAUGGUGCUUUUAUGUUCUGGUCAUCCUCCUGAGACGACCAGCUGUAUGAUGACGGCCCUCGGUGUUGCGGGACGUCCCGCGCACCAGGCCGCUGAGGUAGAACGAGAGGAAUAGAAAGGAACGGGGGGAUCGCUCUAGCGUUGCCUCUACACUCAUGACAACUUCCACCAUUGCGCCAUGCCCAACUGACCGGGGACAGAUGUUUGAGCCGCUCACUUUGCAGGAUGCUGCGACCGAUCAGUCGCUGUGACACCUAGGGGCUUGGAUGUGCGUUGGGCCAUCUUGGUGUGGACAUGACAGCUCACUUUUCCCACCCACGGUCUCAGGCCAUGUCCCUGUUCCGAAGAUGUUAUCUCGGUGGUACACGCAUCAUCAACGACGCCUCAGCGCGCUGCUCACGAAAUGACAUCGGUAAGCGUCAUGAGAAUGAUGACCUCUGAUACAAGCCGAGGAUUUGGUCUUUUCGUUUUGCGUCUGAUGCCGAUUCGCUGCUGUCCUCCGACCGGUGGUGGUUUGCUAGUAACUAUGAGAGCACUUGGCUUCUUUUGUGGGUUAUGCGCUGCUGCAAGAUAUUGCAGCGAGAUUCCUGUGGCUUCGGGGUCUUCUUUUGCAUGCUCGUUUAUCAUGACAAUACCAUCUUGGUGUUGCGGGGGGCAACCUCGAAUCCUGCUUUCUCCUCGAUCUCGACGAGAUAUUAUUCUUUCUGCUGCCAACACCACACACAGCAUUUUACAUUUCCUGCGCUGUACUUCCAAAGCGGCUAUCCCGGUUCAGCAUCUUGACGGAAUCAGCGCAGAAAAGCGGUGGAUGUUUGGGCCUUGUUCUGCUUUGCCCAACUCUUCCUCCCUUUAUGCGGCUGCAGCUUCCCGUUUGUCGAAGCCACCUUGCACGAUAGCUGGCUAAUGGAGUGGUCUUGUGACAAGGCUCGUGGUUUGACACCCCGCCCAACCCCCCAAUCUUUUGAACGAGGUGCCGACAUGCUGCCCAGGGUGAUGGGGUGGGUGUCGGAUAGAUAGAUGGAUGGAGGGAUGGAUGGAUGGAAGGGGGUUGGUGAUAGGAUCUUUUUGGUGUACCUCAGGGAAAGAUGCGACUCGGCCGCCGCUGGGGGUGAAGAAUGCUAGGAGAGGGAGGGAUAUUGCUCGCUUUUUUCUUGCGUGACCCUUUUUGUUGUUGUACAAACACGGCGGCGGCGGCCUGGUUACCCCAGGCCACUUGGGUGCAUGGUCUCCGUCCUGGUUUUGACCCAGUUGUUGUUGCACCGCUGGGACGGUUUCUCCUAUCUCCUGCUCUGGGGGUGGGUGGUAGGUAGGUAGGUAGGUAGGUAGGUAGGUAGGUAGGUAGGUAGGUAGGUAGGCGGAAGGGGGGGAGACUUGCACGACACCUAUCAUUUCGUGUUUGACAGCAGCAGUUUGCUUAAGGAGGUUUUUUUGUUCCAUGCGCCCUCCCUGUCAAAAAGCUAGGUAGGUUCGGGCCUGAUGCGAUGCGUGGAAGGUUGUUUCUUUCGGCCGAGAUUCGGGCCGUAGAUCUCGGAAUUAGGAUCAGUUAUCACCUUGGGUUGGGGUGUUGUUGGAUUACUUCUAGGUGAGGAAGUUUGGCCCGCUCGCUCGUUGCCGGGAUACAUGUCGGGCAGCUCUGAAAGAUUGCGCCAUUUCUACGAUGCGUCCCUCUCUCUUCUCUCAUGCGCAUGGGGAGUAACACUGAGUUCUUCUUGCACACUUUUGACGGAUGGCAGCUGGGGGAGUAGGUAUAUGGGGGAGCAAACAUUUUGCUUUCCUUUCUGCACAGGAACCAGAGACUGAGCAGCAGCAGGAGCGACAUACGCCGGCUGGGCGGCAAGGCCCACACGCAACUCAGCAAGAUAAUCGCAAAGAUACCGAGCCCAGCCCAUCGCGAUAGUUUUCCGGGCUUGUCGGUCUUUGGGGGCAUAAUCUACAUGCACUUUAGAUGCCUCACCGGACCAUGAUAUCAAGCCGCAACCACACCUACCUCACUUUCCCCUGCUUGCAGGACGCCAUCACAAGGUCAUAUGUCCUCUCCCACAUGCGUCUUGGACCCCCAAGAUUACACGACCCCCCCCCCCUUUUCCGCUGUAUCGGAUCCUACAUACCACCCUCUUCGGCUGAUGGUGUGAAGGAGGUUCGGGGCGAGACGGCUCGUCUCGGGAUAGGGGGGAACAUACCUUAUGUGUCU